CUACAAUAGCAUCCUCAUCUAUAUAUGCAUUCAAUCAGAUUUCUUUGUUUGUUUGAUCUUAUCAAUGCCAAGGUUGAGUAUUAAGGCAAACUUCUUUAAUUUCAAUAUAAUAUGUCGGCCUAAAGGUACGCCGGACGAUUUUUUUGCGUCCGCAGCCAAAAAUUUCCUUUCAUUUUUCUCAAAAGCGAACGCCGUUUUGAAACAGCAAAACCAACAAAGUAAAUAGCUCUAAUGCCUCGGCCGCCGUCUGACAUUUGGAAUCAUUUCACCACCUAUGACGAUCCAGGAAGUCGAAUCAAACGAGCUCGAUGCCACUAUUGCGACCAUCAGCAGGCAUCCAGUAUAACCCGAUUAUACAGGCACUUGACACGAAUAUGUCCGCAUGUACCUGACGUGGUGCGUCAAGAAUUAUCUUCACGCAACCUUGGGAAAGGCAAACAUCACCCUCCGUUCGUUACGUACGAGACAAAUACCACGGCUGACUUAGAUGAUGCUCUACAAGUUCUGGCAAGGGCGUCCUACAACUUGCCAUCUACGCAGGUUUCAUCGUCAGCCUCUCGCGUGGUAGUCUCUCCAGGUAACCUGGAUGUCUCGCACCAAGCUACAUUAGACUGGAGUCUUGCUCGUGCGCUAUUUGCCGCGGAUGUGCCGUUCAAAACUAUCGAAAAUCCACACUUUGUACAAUUUCUCAAUCGCCUCAACCCAAACUACAAACCUCCGUCGCAGAGGCAACUGCAGCAGCUUUUAUUAAAGCGAGAGCAUUGGGAUAUACUUGCAGAUAAACGAACGACCACCAAGGACUGUGCUGAUGACGAUUCGACCGACUCAGAAACUGAAUCAGGCCCAGUACACAUGGAAGCUUAGACAUGUGCAGACAUGAGAUCAUAAAACUGAGACCAUAGAUUCAAACCUGUACCUUUUUUUGCAUCCAACCAACCAAUACAUAUAACUUUUUGAUUGACUGCUCUGGCUUUCUUUUUAUUGAGGUAGAUAAAUAUAGAAGCUCUUGCAAUCAAGGACUACUUGAAAAUUCAAGAGAAGUAGAAGCCGUAUUCGUUGUUAACGGGAAUAUUAGUGGCAGUGUGCUCUAAGAACUGGGGCAAUUUACGACGACGGAGAGUGUCGUCAAUGGCAGAGCCUAGCUUGAUCAAAGUAGGCUCAGAGUAAGCAGUUCCCCAUAAACUGAU